AUGAAGAAGAGCAGAACAGAAACGGCAGCUGCUGUUGAAUGUGCUGCUGGACCUGGAGACAUAGGCCUAGCUUGCGACGUCUGCACCGAGAGGAAACUCAAAGCUGUCAAGUCAUGUCUGGAGUGUCUUUUAUCAUACUGUGACACUCAUUUGAAAGCUCACGAUGAGCUUAUCCCGGGCAGAAAUCACACCAUUAUCGCCACGGUCCAACUACAGGAGAUGAUCUGUCCCCGUCAUAAGAAGAUUUUAGAAAUAUUCUGUCACACUGACCAAAGUUAUAUCUGUUAUCGGUGUACGAUGGGCAAUCAUGCAGGGCAUGACACAGAGUGGAGUCAUAAAAAGGAGGAGUUGGUGCGGUGCCUGAGGUUAUGCCAGCAGAUAAUCCAGUUGAAGGAGAAGGAGCUGCAGGAGCUGAGGAAGGAUGUGGAGACUCUCAAGUCUGCUGCAGAGACAGCAGUGGAGGAGAGUGAGAGGAUGUUUAUUGAGAUGAUCAGCUCCGCUUUGAGACGGCGCUCUGAGGUGACAAAGCUGAUCAGAGCUCAGGAGAAGGCUGAGGUGAGGCGGGCUGAAGGACUCCUGAAGCAAUUGGAGCAGAAGAUUGCUGAGCUGAAGAGGACAGAUGCUGAGAUGAAGCAGCUUUCACAGACACAGGGUCCAUUCCACUUACUCAAGUCGGUGGAGAUCAUGAGUUCUAUCGUCAGUGAUACAAGCAGUGAUGUGACCAGAAGGACCUUCAGCCAACGCCACCUCUUUGAGCCCCUGAAAGAAUCUGUGUCUGCACUGAAGAUGCAGCUGGAGGAGACAUUGGAUUCAUUCUUAGAGCAGGAAAUAGUCAAGAUAUCUGCAGCAGAUACUGAUCCUGAACUCCCAGUCAGAAGAGCAGACAGUAAGAAUCUCCUGCCACCAGACAAUACUGAUCGUGAACUCCCAGUCAGAAGAACAGACAGUAAGGAGCGCCUGCCACCAAACAGAGAUGCUGCCCCAAUGAUGGGGAUGAAGACGAUGUUUCGGUCACAGUCAGACCAUCAUCAGUGCAAUCUUAUUAUCGGAAAACUGGAUCCUAACGAAAGAGGAUGUGACAUCACAGACCAGGUCAUGUCUGCCCCCCACUAUUCCCACACCUCCACAGGUGAGAUGCACUUUGACAAUGAAACUAAAAUAUAA